AUGUGGCCCCCGAGCCGUAGUUUGCCCAGAUUCAUUUACCUUCUUGAUAGUGCAAAAAGCCGAUAUCGCCUUGCCGCUGAGCAUCACCGGCUGAGGGCUGUUGAGUUUACGGAAAUUGUGGUCAUGGAGGAGUUCGUCGUGUCCUACAAACGACCAGACUUGCAAUCCGAUAUCACAGGAUUCAUCAAGCCUUUUGCUCCUAUGGUGUGGCUGACGGUGCUCCUCGCAGCCCUGGUCGUCUGCGCACUUACCUGGGUCAUUCUCCGGGCGCAGUCCAAGCUUACGAGAAAAGUCAUCGGCGGUCUGUGGCUUCUCGUGGCUUUCGUCCUGGUUUCAGUCUACCGCGGGAAUCUCAAGGCCAUGCUCAUCCUGCCGAAGGUGGAGCUGCCCUUCAACAGCCUGCAGGAGCUAGCUCGCUCUGACGUCCGGGUGUGGAGUCCCGGGAAUCACAUCGCUCUGCAGAUGAUUAUGGCCGCCCCUCCGGACUCGGUGUACGGCUUGAUCGCCCAGAGGAGCUACACCCACAUGAGGAUCGCCGAGGGAGUCCAACUCGUGUACGAGGGGAAGCACGCCGCCGUCACCUUGAUGUUGGCAGCGCUGGAUAAUAUGGAUAAGACGUUCUCGAGGACUUCCGCAUGCCCCUUAUAUGUGGUGGCUGAGCGCUUCUUGAAGACAAACAGCAUGGGGCUUCCGAUUCGCAAGGGAAGCGAACUCAAGCCGAAGUUGGAUAGAGCGAUCACGAGGCUGAGAGAAUUUGGGAUUCUUGAGCACAUCAUCCAGAAGAAACUCGCUAAUGGAACCAUCUGCAUGAAACCGCUGAGUCAUACCGUCACAGCUGGUGCGCUGAGACCUCUCGAUAUAGUGGACUUCUUUGGCGUCUUUGCCAUCUAUGCUGGUGAAAACAGAGUAUAUGUGAACAUCGUUGGUCCUGUUUUGUGUGGACAGCGCUUGUGUUGCCUUGGAGUGCCAGGCACUUUUGAUGCACACAGAGAUACCGUGAUCAAUCAUCGAGACAAAGAGCAAUCAGGGAGAUGCACAAGGAUAGAGGGGAUCUCAGCUUAG